AGUGACUUUCGUUGCUUCGAGGUCAAUCGACUGCUUCAUUCCCUCGCUUUCCUUCAUGAUGUUCUCCAUCCUCCUUACAACUGUCUUCGCGUCCCUUACCCUCGCCGCUCCCAGCCUUAAGUCUGGGUGCGACGUGUCACAUGUCGUAAUUCCUCUCCCAGCUGGGCAGACCCAGCUCGUUGCUCCCACCACAACCACACCGAGGUUUAUCGGUAUUGCUGCGGGUGUUCAGAACUAUACCUGUGCGGCUACAGGCACAUACACAAACGUUGGUGCCGUCGCCGAAAUAUUUGACGUCUCCUGCUUGGACCCGGGACUUUUUGUCAAAGCUACCGAUAUCGUCAGCAGUGUCUGGGAGAAAGCACCUAAGGGCGUUACCCCGCAGAAAGUCAUCAAAGACCUCGCCGUCAUCGGGUCGCCCAUUGUCCUUGGUCAACAUUACUUCAUCACCAACCCUAUCACCGGCACAGGCUUGAGUCCGAAGUGGGACUUCACCUCUGCUAGCUUGGCUGGCCACCCGGAUGCUUUCGUCGUUGGCGCAAGGACAGGCGACCUCCCUUCGCCAACUGACCCGACCGAAAAUAUCGAUUGGUUGUCGCUCGACGGUGUACAGGGAAACCUCGCCGACCAAAUUUUCCGCAUUGAAACUCGUAAGGGACAGCCUCCCUCUUCUUGCACCCCUGGCACCCCCGAUAUUUCAGUGAGAUAUGCUUCUCAGUACUGGUUCUUUGGGGGCUCCUUUUAGGUAGUCAGUAUCCUCGUCGUUCAUUACAUCUAAUUGGACACUUAGUUGGAGAGUGUAUGGCGUUUGAUUCGACUCGAUUAAGUAGAGCUCAAGCGUGCUGCGCGUACCUAUCUGAGGGGUCCAAUAGAAAUGUUUUGAGUCCUACUU